UGCGAGCGUUCUCGAGUUAUUCGUUAUUGCACGGCGCACGGGCGGCCGCGUAUCGGGGCGCUGCCUGCGCGGACUGUACCAACGGACGCUAUGGGAGACUCCGUAGCCGGCGUAGGCUCAGUUGGCAGCAGUACGCACAGCGAGUAGCAUCUACCAUGGCCGAUAUCUCGAAGGAGGAGCUGCGCAAGGAGAUCACCGCCAUCCUCAAGGAUGCCGACCUGACUACGAUGUCUGCUAAGAAAGUGAGGCAACAGAUCGAAGAGAAACUCGAUGUUGACCUCAUAGAAAGGAAAAAGGAGGUGGAUGAUUUAGUCAUGGAAUGCCUCCAAGAGAAACAGGAUGGAGGAAAGAAAAAGAAGAAGGCCGCUAGUGAAGAGUCCGAGGAUGGCGAAGAGGAAGAGGAAGAAGGAUCUGAAGAAGAGGAGGAGGAGGAGGAGAAAAAGCCAGCUAAGCGAAAUCCUGCUAAAAAGACUCCUAACAAGCGUAAGAAGGGAUCCUCCGAUGAUGAGGAAAGCGCUAGCGAUGAUGAUGCUAGCGACGAGGAAUACAGUCCAAAGAAACCUAAAGUUACACCUAAAAAAACUAAGCCCGGAAAGAAAGGAAAGAAGAAGGGAAGCGAUAGUGAUAGCGACGAGGACUGGGGUAAAAACAAAAAGGCUCCGGGUAGUACAGCAAAGAAGGGAGGUGGUAGCAAAGGCAAGGGAGGGGGUUACACGCGUGCUAUCACGUUGUCUCCGGAGCUCGCCGCGGUUGUUGGCGCAGAACAAAUGGCUCGACAUGAGGUCGUGAAGAAAGUAUGGAGUAUCAUCAAAGAGAGGAAUCUUUAUGACCCUAAGAAUAAACAGUUUGCGAUUUGUGACGAGGAAUUAAUGAAGGUAAUCGGCGUAAAGCGUUUCAGAACUUUUGGUAUGAUGAAAUAUCUCAAAAAUCACUUUGUAGAUUAAAUCAUUCUUCAAUCCCGAUCUCCGACAAGUUAUAUACAUAUAUAUAACAUAUUCCAGGGUGCGCCUCGUGCACCUCUUCAUCUUUCUCACACGAUACAUACAUAUACAUGAAACACAAAAGGUAUUUCUUGCGACUUAAGACUUUAGACCAUGUUUACACCAUUCCGACGUACUCUGCCGCUCAUUGUAACCAUUUUGUCCCAUUGAUGACUGCAAUAUCAUAUAUAUUGAUCUUGUAGACAUUAUUAUAGAUAUGACUCCUGACAAAUGCGUUGGUAAUACAAUUAUACAUAUAAUCUCUAACGAAUAAUCGCUAAUGUUCUUUGGCUCCACUUGAUAUUGGGACAAUUGUUACCAUGGACGUCCAGAUGAUUUCGAAAUGUGAAUGACAUUACAGUGGCCAAUAGUCAAUAAGCUGGUUUUAAGUCAUCUAAUUCAAAAUAAAUGUUAUAUCAUUUGUAUGGUCGUCAUUAAUAACAAUAUCUUACUCCUAAUGCAGUAACAUGGCGCGCGAUUAUAGCAAUGGCAUUAUUGAAUGAUAAACUAAAAAUGAAAUUUACUUUUUUAAGCACUUGUUUUGGUAUUUAAGAAGCUCAAUUUUAUGUUUUGUGACAUUUCAACUAACACAUUUAUUACGUUGGCGAUAUAUAAAAGCUUUGAAUAUAUUUAAAAUAUUAGAAAAAUA